AAUGCAACCACUCAAACUGAAAGACAUUGUCUUGAAGUAGAAAAUGGUGUUUGCUGGUCCGAACUGUAUUGUCUUCAAUAUUUUGAUGCUGUCUGCUGCACAAUCAUUGAUCGAAUACACAAUCUCUUUUUGGGCACUGUCAGAAGAAUGAUAGAGAAAUGGUUAGCAGAUGAAGUAAUUGACAACAAAAACUUGUUGCCAUGCAAAAGAUUGUUAAGAAAAUGGUGUUGCUGUCGGAUUAUACUGUAUUGA